AUGGGUAAAACCAAACGGGCUCCCUUCGGUGGGCAACAAAUUACUUUCAACACCUCAACAGCAACAAAUUUUCCUACUUUUUUUAUAAUUAAAAGAUCAUUGGACACUAAUGAAACAUUUCAUUCUGUUUCUCCGUUUUUGGUGGAAAAGGCUAUUACUAGUACUGUUGGUGAAGUCAAAAGCACUAAAAAGCUCAGAUGCGGUGAUUUACUGGUCGAAGUAUGUUCUCGCAAGCAAUCUCAACAAAUUGUUAAAAUGAAAGCACUUUCAAAUAUCCCGGUCACUGUUUCUCCCCAUGCAUCUCUGAAUUCCUCUAAAGGAGUCAUUUCCUGUGGGGAGCUGUUCAAUGUUCCGAUUGAAGAAAUCACUAAAGAAUUGCAAAUACAGGGGGUGAGCCAUGUACGGCGUAUAUCUAUACGGAGAGAUGGCCAGCUUCUGAACACUAAGCAUUUAAUUCUGACAUUUACUUCCUCUAAAUUACCAGAUCACAUUAAAGCCGGUUAUAUGCGCCUUGCUGUCAGACCUUAUGUUCCCAAUCCAUUACGUUGUUUCAAGUGCCAACGCUUCGGGCAUUCCAAAUCUUCUGGCCGCGGGACUUUGACUUGUGCCCGUUGUGCAGAAGUCGGUCACGACAGUACUGAUUGCAUUGCUCAAGAGAAGUGUGUGAAUUGCAAAGGGGAGCAUACUUCUUUCUCUCGGAACUGUUUUGCCUGGAAGCAGGAAAAAGGAAUCAUUUCAACUAAAGUAAAAAACCAAAUAUCUUAUCAAGAAGCCCGAAAAUUAAUAAAAUCUAAAACUUCUACCGCUGGAAAAGAUUAUGCUUCUGUCGUCAAAAAAUUGUCUACCAUAUCGACCCAAUGGGAUCUAAAUGAUCUAAAUUCUGGCAUUAAUUUGAAACAGUCAGACUCUGCACAAUCCAAUCCAGUCCACUCAAAUAAUCUUCUAAUACCUUCUCCACGCUCUGUUCCCCCAGUUUGUGAAGUCGUGUCUGCUUCACCUGAUUUAACUGAUUUUAAACUUGUUACGCACACGAAAAAGACUUCACCUCGAGAAGUCUCCCAAUCUAUGCCAGUCGCUAAUUUUAGCUCUUCGACCGUUAAAUCCAAAUUAUAUGAUAAAAUGGAUGAAGCCAACUCUGUGACUGAAACAAUGUCCACAGAUAAAUCCAACCAAAACACUGAUAGCGAAAUAGAAUCUGAUAAUGCAAUAAUAUAUAAUCCUCAUGAAACAAUUGAUGAAACACCACCUGCUCCGGAACUUUCUACCGAUUCCACCACAGUGGACAAAACUGUAUUUAAACAAAGUCUUCAAAAAAGAGAUAUGACGCACUUCGCUCUAUUAAACAUAGCAAAUAUUCUCGGUCAAGCAUUCGCACAAGUUUCGUCUAUCGAUUCUUACAGUCCUGCUUUUCUGCUAAGGGAAGCUCAAGGAAGUGUCCUUAGUGUCACGCUUUUUAUCGUUCAUUUAAGUCAAAUUUUGAAUCAUUUGCCACAAUCUGUUCAUGGAAGCCUGCAUUUUGAUGACCUGCAGAUAUCAUGUCAAGGUUUCAACCCCAUGACCUCCGCUUGUAGUCAGAUUCUUAACAAUUUACCUUCAUCUGUCCAGGGUACACUUGUAAAAGAUAAUUCAGUUGUGACGUUAAACAGUUUUUGA